AUGCAGGCUCAAAUGGGGCGCUUCCCAGGAUACGCUGGUUUCGGCGGCGGAUGCGGUGGCUAUGCGGACGGAUUUGGUGCUUAUGCCGGGAUGUACCCCCAGGCCAGCUCCACAUGGGUGCCGAACUUUGGAAAAGGAAAAGGCGAGGGCCGAGGUCGAGGCAAGGGAAAGGGCAAAGGAAAGGGCUACGGCUACAAAGGAGCCCGUGAUUGGGACGAGAGUGAUCCGCGUCGUCAGAUAGAGCUUGCGCAGCGUCGAGCCAAGCAGCGGGAUCAGUCAGCCAUCAGUCAGGCCCAGCGCUCUGCGCAGCUGCGUUUCGAGAAAGAUCUGCUGGACAGGGUCCAGGGCAGGUGGAUUGACGAGGAGGAUCCAAGUGUGACCUAUGUCGUGGAGGGCGGUAUUUGUGCUGUUUCUGGCGGCGAAAACAUACGGACCUUCCGAAAUCGGCUGAGCGUCUACGGUGGCGAGCUCUGCUGGGACGCAAGAAGAUUCUGGCACAACCUGAACUUCAGCGCUUUGCCUCCUCCGGAGGAGGAGGUGAACAGAGUUGAGUGGAACCCGGCGCAGGGAUCUCCGCCAACUAAGCAGAUCAUUUGGGUUCGGGCCCCUGACGUUGAAGAGGCUGUUCCUGAGGGUGCGGAGGGGGACACCCUGGAGGCUGCCGGCGCCGAUGGAAACGUCGGAGAAGCUGGCCAAGGCGAUGAGGCAUCGGAGGGAACAGAUCGAGGAGUCAACCAACAUCAGUCGCACAAGUCGGCAUCGCAGUUCAGGGAGUUGCCAGGUGCUCACCACGAUUUGAGCCUCGUCUGA